AUGCGGGACCGUGGCUGUGCCCUUCCGUGUGGGACCCCACCGCCAGCCGGCCCCCGGCGAGGACACAGGGGGGCAGAGCUGCUGCAGGCCUGGCUCCUGUGCCUGCUGCUGCUGGGCCUGGCCCUGCAGGGGGCCGCCAGCCGAGCCCACCAGCACUCCAUGGAGACCCGCACCCCGGACAUCGACCCCGCCUGGUACACGGGCCGCAGAAUCAGGCCCGUGGGCCGCUUCGGCCGGAGGACUGUGGCCCUGAGGACCGUCCCGAGGCUGGGCCUGUGGCACCAUCAGGCAGCUUCCCCCUGGAAGGAGUCUCGGAUCCCCCCCAGGGUGGCUGACAGCCGAGCGCAGCAGGAGUGA